AUGGAAACACUGCGCACGCGGAACGAGUUAGACGAGGCGGUGACGAGGGCGCUUGAGGCGGAGGCGCGGCAGUGGAGGCAACGAACGUACCAGCAGAGAGGAUUCCUCUACGAGUUCAGCGCCUACCGCAUCAGCCCCUCUCGCUUCGUCGUACUCGCUAUAAGCGGCCUCAAUUUCACGUGGGCGCUGGAAGGGGAGGGCUGCCGAUGGGUGGGGCGAGACGGCAGCAGAGUGAACGGUUCAGUGUGGUACAGAGACUUCAUGCUCCCCAAAACUCAGACUGACUCGCUAGCAGCGUUCUGCCAGCUGUGGGGCAACACGACCCAGGCGGGCGGCUAUCUGGUGAUGACCAUGGAUGGCGUCGAGGCUGCCGUCUUCAACGAGCACCCGGGGCAGCCUCUAGAACCCCCUUCAGACGCCUCCCUUCCAGUCCACCUCACAUGGUGCUCACAGCCGCUCUACGGCACGCUAGAUGCGGGCAUGGUGUGGGCCUGGGCGGAGUACCACCGCGUGCAUGCCAACGUCUCCCGCUUCCUCUUCUACGACAUGGGCGCCUGGUCAUCGUCCCUCACGGCACUCUUCUCGCCGUACUUUGCUGCGGGCAUGGCGGCUGUAACUGACAUGUCGGGGGGGCGGCGGUUUGGGUUUCACGCGGGGGAGGGAGCGCUCAGCUUUAUCACCAAACACCAGACCCUGGCAGGCAACGACUGCAUGUACCGGUCGCUCUUCACAUCCCGCUGGGUCACCCUACACGACACUGACGAGUACCUUUCCCCCGUGCCGCCGCACUCCCUCUCUUCACUGCUCGCCGCACACGCCGACGGCCCCUGGCUCUCCCACGGAGCCCUUGUCGUCCAACCCUCCGUGUGCCAAGGGGAGGGGGAGGCGGAGGGGGAGGGGGAGGGGGAGGGGGAGGGGGAGGGGGAGGGGGAGGGGGAGGGGGAGGGGGAGGGGGAGGGGGAGGGGGAGGGGGAGGGGGAGGGGGAGGCGGCACUGGCGCCUGCCGGGGCUGCUGCGGCAGAGCCUGCUGACUCUGCUGCUGUGCCGGGUGGUGGGGCUGCUGCAGUGGAGGCUGCUGCUGGUGGUGGUUCCGGGGAGGCUGGAGCUGCAGUGAACAGCAACAACCGACAAGAGGAGACAGCACCAGGGACAGCGGGAAACGGCACGCAGGGUGGUGAGACGCAGUGGGACGAAGGUGCAGUGGCGGAGGCAAAGAGGCGAGCCGUUGAGGCGCUGUCUAGACUGGUGUUUCGGCGGCCAGAGGUGUGGUGCUUGCGCGACGGCGCGGAGGGGCAGCAGAUUGACUCUGAUCUGUGUGAUGACUGGCGGGGCCACCGGAAACUGAUUCUCAACCCCCGCAAGACGGAGGUAAUGUCGAUCCACAAGGCACGGGAGCCCGAGAAGGGCGGAGUGGUGCUGAACGCUGCAACAGAGAUGCGCCACUUCCACUUCCCUGGCGUGGUCAACCCAGUCAACGCACACUGCCAAACAGUCUUGCCGCCCGGGGAGAAUCACGUGUGGUUCAUUAGAGACACCACCAUUGCUGACCAGCUACGGCUACUAGCCAACGCCUCUGCCGCUCAACCUCUACCUUGA